AUGGAACCUGAAAACCUUCUAAGAAAAACUCUGAUAGAAGGAAAGGUUCUUCUUGAGAAUUCCUGGUUCCAGAUAUGGGGUGACUUCCGGCACAGGAGUGAUGACUAUCGCGUUAUCACAAUUCUAGAUCAAGAUCUACGAAGCUGCAUCAUCCGAACGACUUCUGCAUACAUCGCUCAUAUUGGGUUACACCUCAGAUCGGAUGAAAAAAUCAAGAUCGAGUCACCUUUCCAGCUACUUGUUUACAGCUAUGAUAACUUAAAGUCUGCCUCAGUGUCGGUCUCUACUGCUUCAAAGGUUGCCUCAGGUCUAAGGUCUCUUCUCAAUGAAGUGAACAAAAUUCAGAAUCCUGCAUCAUGGAAAAUACCUGAGGAAAUCGAAAACGCUCGAAAUUUCCAUGUGGAAUUUAAUUUGUUAUGGGCUAUUUUCAAACCUGGAAGUCUGAUUGUUUCCUCAUAUGACCCUGGCAAAAACCCCCAGAUCUUCAAAGUCCAUCAGACCAGCUAUAAAGACCGUCUUUCGGUGGAUGCUCCUUUCUACAGCAUGGAAGAUGAAAAAAAAAAGUUCCUUGUUAUCCAUGCUUGGGCCUGGGAUUGGAACGGGACUAAAGUUUUCCGUAAUAUGUUCGAAAUAUCAAUAGAAAACUACUCAGGCCAGAAGUUACCGACAGAACUUAGCUACUACCCAGCCAUAUUGUACACAGGACCUGGAAACAAAAGAGGAAUCAGCGCGGUCUAUGAAAAUGCGGUCUACAAAAACCGCAAGGAGAACUUUGUCAAAUACACCUUCCAGCAAAAGCCUCCCGCGAAAACGUUACUACGAUACUCCGGAGACUUUAGCGGUAUUCCUGCCUUCUCAGAGAAACAACUUUUGCGUAUGCGUCAAGUGGAUAACGAAGGAUUUAAGCAGAUACUACCUUACGCCAAGGUUGAUGAGUACAUAGUACUAGACACAGUAAACUAUUCGCGAAAAGCACUGCGUACAUUAUGGCUUGGUGAUAUUCAAGUUGCUAGGGAGUCAAUACCAUGCCACUGUCAAUUGUGUCUUAGCGAUGAGGCCAAAUUAUGGGUCAAAUCCAUCGAAAAAAGCAACACGCCGUCCUCUGUCGAAAAUGAGCUUCUACUUACACCUAGAGUUUUUGGAUUUGCCUUGAACAGGAAGGAAUGGGGACAGUUCUGGCUACAUAAUAUUGAGGUGGUCAACAAAUCGGAGGGUGCUGGCCGAGAAAGCAGGGUAAAAGAUCUUAUCCUACCGGCUGGUAUGAAUGAAGACGAGGAACGACAUAUUUACGCAAUGGUCAACAACCAUUCAAAGGCUAUGGCUAGGCCACGAAGCCAGAGACUGACGGAUGUGAUCGGAGGAAAAGGAGAGAGCCUGGUCUUGCUGUUUCAUGGGUAUAGCGGGACAGGAAAGACACUUUAUGCCGAGUCAUUAGCUAAAAACUCAAGGAAACCACUUUUCAAGGUGGGUACCAGUGACAUUGGUUUCGAUGCCCCUGCCGCAGAACGUGCUCUGAAAACUAUAUUCGAACUCGCCGAAGCCUGGAAUGCAAUCUUGCUUAUAGAUGAAGCGGAUGUCCUCUUAGAUGCUAGAGGCAGGGAGAACGAAAGUCUCAUGUCGAAGAAUGCAUUGGUGUCCAUUCUCCUUCGGGAAGUUGAAUACUUUAAAGGUGUGUUAAUCAUGACAACCAACCGCGUGGUAGCCUUUGAUCCGGCGAUCCUGUCUCGUAUUCAUCAUGACGUCAACUUUGGAGAGCCUGAUACCAAUCAGGAGGAGAGAAUCUGGAAGAUGUGGCUAGAUCGUCUGCAUAGUCAAGGCUUGUGUGAUGACUACGCAGAUCUGAAAGACUGGGUUGACGAUACCAUCAGCGAUACCCGGCGACCUCAUCUUCUGAGUGGGAGAGAAAUUCGGAAUAUCUUCAUAGUUGCACAGAUACUCGCGGAGAAAGAGGAUGGAGACGUCAAAAUCACCCGAGCCCAAGUGAAUAGCGCAUAUAGGUACAAAAAAAUCUUUAGACACGAUACGGACAAGAUAAGGACAGAGGCAAAAUCUCUUUUGGCGGGCAGGGAGCGAUAG